UGUUGGCGGCGAUAAAGCUCCCCAAUAUCAAAAUAUAUCGCUUACGGUACACUUCACCUGUGUGACUGAUACAUAAAUUUGCUACUAUUUUAAAAAAUCUAAGGAAGGCAUAUUUUUCUGUAUACCUACCUACUUCAACAUGGAUCCCGCAGUAUUAGCAAAAUUAGAAGAUGGUUGGUGUUCGUUAAACUCCUCUGACAGCAAAUCUUUGCUAAAGAAAUAUUUGACAAAACAGGUACUAGAUGAAUUAAAGAACAAAAAGACCAACUUUGGAUCGACACUUUUGGAUUGUKUGCAAUCUGGAUUUGAAAACCAUGAUUCGGGAGUUGGUAUCUAUGCUCCCGACGCUGACGCAUACACAGUGUUUGCGCCAAUAUUCGAUCCAAUCAUCGAGGACUAUCAUAAAGGAUUUAAGUCUACGGACAAACAUCCCGCAAAAAAUUGGGGGGACGUGAACACUCUUGGUGACCUGGAUCCAGAAUGCAAGUAUAUAAUUUCUACGAGGGUACGUUGUGGCCGUUCACUAGAAGGAUAUCCGUUCAAUCCAUUGUUGACCGAAGAGCAGUACAAGGAGAUAGAGAAUAAGGUUUCUUGCACGCUCACAGGACUUAGCGGUGAAUUGAAAGGAGAGUUUUAUCCCUUAACUGGCAUGUCUAAAGAUGUACAGCAGAAAUUAAUCGAUGACCAUUUUCUAUUUAAGGAAGGUGACAGAUUUUUACAGGCUGCUAACGCUUCGCGAUUCUGGCCGACCGGCCGUGGUAUAUUCCAUAACGAAAACAAAACGUUCCUGGUUUGGUGCAAUGAAGAAGAUCAUUUAAGGCUCAUAUCCAUGCAACAAGGAGGAAACUUGGGAGAGGUGUAUGCAAGACUCGUAACAGCGGUAAACGAUGUGGAAAAAAGACUUCCUUUUUCGCAUCAUAACCGGUUGGGAUUUUUAACAUUCUGUCCAACAAACUUGGGGACAACUAUCCGUGCAUCAGUUCAUAUUCAACUGCCUAAAUUAGCUGCGGACAAAGCCAAAUUGGAAGAAAUUGCUGGAAAAUAUAAUUUACAAUUGGACCAAGGUGGCCAGAGCUUCUAUCAAAGACUUCGAUGA